AUAGUUUGGUGAAGCUGUUCGACAGGUUCGACUCAAAAUGUAGGGCCAUAGUUCUUAGAAACAUCUGUGUGUAUGGACUGGGAGAUAUACCGAUUUCUCUCUACUGUGACAUGUUUUGGAAUUUAUUUCAACCACGUACAAUGUUCUUAUGGAUACUUGUUACGUGUUUAGUCGGAGUGUAUUGUCAAGAAUUUUGUAAUGUUGAACAGUAUGCCAAUACUUGUCAAUAUGCUUGUCGUUGUAGUGGUACAUGUCAAGCAGAUGGAAAUUGUAAUGGAGCCGCUUGUAAAGAAGGAUGGUUUGGUCUAGCUUGUCAGUACAAGGAUAUUGGAAUCGAUGGAUUUAUAACAUCAAGUGCCGCUUUUUUACUAUCUAAUUCAAGAAAUAAAUAUUGCCGGAGCUCUAAUGGUCUAAAUUAUGUGGCAUUGACAUGGAGAGAAGAUAUUGCUUUUACCUGGUUAAGAAUCAAAACAUUUAAUAGAGUUACUUUUACAAAUGUCAGCCUCAGUUUUGCUUACGAUACAGACAUAUAUUCGCUAUGUAAGAAUACUACAGUAUUUAUUCUUGAUGAAACCACCUUAGACAUUAAAUGUGAGGUUCAGAAUCCUAUAAGAGCAUUAAAGCUAGAAGGUGACAUUGUUGACAAAAUGUGCUCUAUUUAUAUCAGUGGAGGCAGGAACAUUGCUCUUUAUGGAAAUACUAUGGAAUCUUCCAGCUUAGGUCCCUAUAAAGCAUAUUUUGCUGUUGAUGGUCUAGUAAUGAAUAGUUGUUUAUAUGGUGGUUGUAGUCAUACAAAUGAUGACAAGCCCUUUUGGUCUGUCCAAUUUGAUCAAGAUUAUAACAUUAAUAAAUUUGUUAUAUAUAACAGAAAGGAUGGCGUGCAAAAUCGGCUAAAAGGUUUCAAUCUGUCUGUACAUAUAAACAACACCUUUGUACACUACUACACAGAGAAGUCAGGAACAGCCUUUAAAUAUGUCUACUCUGUAUUGUAUGUAAUAAAGAAUUAUAUUUCUGGAGCAAAAAUUACGCAGACAAAUAUAUAUAACAGUGAAACAAUACCAUAUGUAUCGUUAAAUGAGUUUGAAGCAUAUGGAGAGUGCAUUCCAGGGUCCUGGGGAUUAGCCUGUAAAAAUGCUUGCCCAUCGCCUUGCAGUACAUCUUGUCAUGUUGAUAAUGGAAACUGUAGUACUAUGUGUAUAGGUUACAAGAAUCCUCCUUUGUGCUCUGUCGAAUGUGCCUCUAAGACUUGGGGUGUAAACUGUUUAAAUAACUGCAACGAGUCUUGUCUGAACUCAGUUUGUGAUAAAAUAAAUGGAUUAUGUCUUGAUGGAUGUUUGGGAUAUCAAGACUUUCCGUAUUGCACUGAAACCUGUAAGAAAACGUAUGGUGUAAACUGUUCCAGCGCAUGUCCCAGUGAAUGUGAAAAAAAUACUUGCGAUUCUAAAACAGGGGAAUGUUUAAAUUGCAAGCCUGGCUUCAAAGGAUAUUAUUGUAACGAAACAUGUGACGAUUUCACGUUUGGUAAUAAAUGCUUAGAAAGAUGUUCGUCUACGUGUACAGACAAGAAGUGUAACUCUAUAACGGGGACAUGUUUUUCUUGCAUGGAUGGGUAUAUAGGUGCAUUCUGCAAGCAAAGUUGUGGAACUUCACUUUUUGGACAGAAUUGUCAACAUCGUUGUAGUAACUUAUGUGUAGAUAGUAAAUGUAACUUUACUGAUGGAGCAUGCUAUAACUGUACAAAAGGAAUGUUUGGAAAAUUUUGCAGUGCAAACUGUUCCAAUCAUUGCACGAAUGGAACAUGCGAUCCGAGAAGCGGAAAAUGCUUUGCUUGCAUAACAGGUUAUGAAGGGGAUACUUGCGAUACAGAGGUAAAGGCGGAUACCCAGGGUGCUAAUGAAACUCCCCUAGGUGCUAUCAUAGGGCCUAUAAUAGGAGGAGUAGCUUUGAUUCUGAUUAUAGUCUUGGCUAUAAUAUCAAUAAGGAGAAGAAAACGCCAUGAAAAACCAGUUGAACAACAAGCCCAGAUUUCUCCAGGACACGAUGUUGCCAGACACUCCACGCCGCUUGCUAAGGGAACAAGUUUUCAUUUCGUUGAUAAUAACAAACAGAAUACCAUAAACAAAUCCAGUCCACCAUUGCCAAAAGUGGCAGAAGCCUAUCAAAACCUGCAUCCUAAAGCAGAUGGCAAUACGUCAAUACCAGUUGAUAAGCUCUACUCGUUUAUGACAACGGUUUCCAGUGAUUUCUUAAUCAGUCAAUUUAAGACAUUACCAGAGAAUAGCAACGUCACAACAGAGGUCGGACUGCAAGCAGUCAACAAAAAUAAGAAUCGCUUUAAAAACAUUUGCCCCUAUGAUCAUUCAAGAGUCCAUCUUAAGAUCAACUCUGAAAAUAAUGAACAGGAUUAUAUUAACGCGUCAUACAUCAAGGGUUUCAACAAUGACGUCAAGUUCAUUGCUUCACAAGGGCCAAGUGAACACACAAUUAAAGAUUUUAUACGAAUGCUAUGGGAACAGAAUACAGAGAAAGUGGUGAUGCUUACUAACUUAAUUGAAGAUGGCAAGGUGAAAUGUGAAAAGUAUUGGCCGGACGACGAUACGAAGGCUUAUGGAGACAUUAAAGUCAAGUUAAUUUCAACACAAACGUAUGCUGAAUACACUAUUCGAAAACUAGAACUGUGCAAAAAAAGUCAGACAACUCAUCAAGUCACUCAGUUCCAUUUCACUUCCUGGCCUGACAAAAGUGUUCCUACAGCGUCAUGGAGUCUUGUCGACUUUGAGCAAAGAGUCUUUACAGUUCCUACUUCUGAACCUGUUGUGGUCCAUUGCAGCGCUGGAGUUGGCAGAACUGGGACAUUUAUAGCACUUCACAAUAUAAUGCAGCAAGCCGAGGCCACAGGCAAAGUGGAUUUUUUCAAUACAGUGAAUAACUUGAGAAAAGACAGAAUGUUUAUGGUCCAGACAGCAGAACAAUAUGAGUUUCUGCACAGAGCUGGACUAGCCGCCAUUGUGUGCAUGGGAACAACGGUCACGGCUGCGGCUUUUAUGCAGCGACUUAAACUUCUAGACGGGAAACCGUUGUCUAAACAGACGCCGUUGAAUGAAGAGUUUAAGGCUAUUUGUCAUGCAUGUGAAGUGAACCAAAGAAAAUUUGAAGCAUCGGAACAUCAAGAUAAUAUUUAUCAGAACCAAGAGAACGCAAUUAUAAGAUCAAAACAACGAUUCGCAGAUAUUACCGCUGAUGAUGUCUACAGACCCAGGUUGACUUGUUAUAGUACUGAGCUUAGUGAUUACAUCAACGCUGUUAUAUUACCGAGUUUUAGUCAUAAAGAUCAACAGAUUGUCAGUCAACUUCCAAUGCCAACUACAGUUUUAGACUUCUGGAGAUUAGUGACACAGUACAAUAUCACAUUAGUAGUUGCAUUUGAAGUGGAUGCCAUGGCUUCUGAUAAGACGUUUGAAAAGUAUCUACCUUCAAAGAAAGAUGAAGUCUGUGUCUGCUCUCCGUUUGAAAUUAAGUCUCUCUAUUUACAAGAGCAACAACUCUGGCAAGAACAGAAAUUAGUGGUCUCACUGGAUAAAAGCAGAUCUUAUCCAACUCUAAAACCAAUGGAUAAAGAUAGUCAUAGCCUAGUUCAUAUGAAAUGCAAGUUUAAAGAUUUGAAAUCAAGUAAAUUGCUAAGUUUUAUAACAGAGACAAGGCAACGCACUUCUCCUAAUGGAAGAAUACUGUAUAUAUGCAGGAAUGGAGCAACGUACAGUGGUCUCGCAUGUGUGCUGUCUCUACUUCUAGACAGAAUAGACCAUGACGCAUGUAUCACAGUACCACUAGUUGUUGGCUCUAUCAAAUCUGUUAGACCGGAAGUGAUUCCAACUCUGGAGCAAUACAAAUUACUACAUGAUAUCAUUGAAAAGUACAGCCAGAUAUCUAAUGAGUACACAAACCUCAAGGCAAAACAGAAUCCAAACAACGGUUCAGCUACGAAACCUGACGAGGAAGGGAAUAAAAUCUAUGCCAACUACUAAAUCUGAAACAUCAAUGUUUAAUCUACGACCCGUGGUCCUUAUAUGGCCCGUGGCAUGCUUUUAUCUGGACCCUCAAAAAAAGUCUUUCUACAGUACAUAAUGAAGAGAUAUAAUAUCGAUUCUAUUCGACUUAAUUUUUCUUCGAUGCGUGAAUAAUGUCUAAAAUUUGAAUGCCCCCCUCCACGGCCGAAAUACAUUUUGCAUAACUGAUCUAUAUACAUGUACACUAUUACAUUACAGACUUGAUAUUGUAAGCACUUAUUUUCUCAUCUAAUGUUUUUUUUUAACUUCGUUCCUUUAAUAAUUAUUUUAUAAUUAUUGUUUUCGAUUAAUGGCUAUGUUUUCAUAUAUUCUGCACACAUAUUUUAACUUUGAUAUUAAAAUGUUAAUUGUGUAUUAUAUUCCUAAAGAUUCAUUAGUACCCAUUUCAAACCUUGUGAUCUAUAGGAUCUUAAGCUCUGACUGGCACAUAUUAAAUUUGGGUAAAAUCAGGGGCAUACUAAAAAUUUUUAAAUUAUAUAUCCCAGCCUUUAUUGAAUUUUAACUGAAAAUUCCGAGCUUACCAGCCAGACAACUUGCCUCUCUCUGUGGCAAUGAAAAAUCCAGACCUGAUAGUUUCUAUAUAGAAUUUAUUAUACUAUUACUUCAUAAUAGUUAAUACUUUUUACUAUAACCAUGUCCGUCUACUUGAAAACACUUUUAGAAGACUAGAUAAAUAAGUUAUGAUAGACUCAAGAAAAGAACUUAAUCAUUCUACUCGAUUUCUUGACGCAGUGUUUAAUGUAUAAACAUAUGUGUUUAAAUUGAAUCAGACAUAUUACGUUUAAGAAUUUAAAAUUCGGUUAUGAUUAAAAUGACACACAUUAAACUUUAACUUAGCUUUGUCCAAAAAAACAACAAAAAAAAACAAGAAACAGUUGUUGAUACAUGAAUGUAUUCUAUAUUGUCUGCCCUUGUGUAGAGAAUACGUUUAUAUGUUAUAUAAUUAUGGUUUUAGAAUAAUGGUAUGUUUAUAUAUAUUCUCUAGAAUUUAAUUGUUGUAAUUUCGCAUUUAAUAUUUAAAGUAAAGAAAGAUAAAGGUUGUCAUUGCCGGAAGUGGUAUUGGAUGUAAGCACUCCACUACCUAUAAAAUGCUUCUUAAGACAUGCGUCUCAAAUAGCCUCUGACAACCAGUCCAACUCCUGGCCUUCACGUGUGGCUCAGAUAUUAUUCCGGCGGAACUAUUUUUACAAAAACAGAUGACGGGGCGAAGGCAAGUAACUGGUACCUAAACCAGUAAAGCUUCGGGCAGGAGGCGAUCGUUAGCAAUGGCUGGCUACCAUCCUAGGAGAAGCAGAAUUCAAACCUCUGUUGCCUUGCAUCUAUACCCAAUUAUGGGAAAGGCUUCGGGAGUCAACCCUGAGAAAAAAUCAGGAGCCGGCGACCCUUAGGUAGUUUGCAGCACUCAGAGCCACACCCUGGUAGAACCUGCAACGCCGCUGACGUUUAACUAUAUCGGCACUGCCGUUCCUUUGGAUACAUCAGCUGCGUGGAGGGGGGGAUGAUGUGUGUGCGUGACAUCGUUCCGACCACAGCUAAUGUCUAGGCAUUCAUCUCAUUCCCAUGAGAUGAUCCUUAGACUGAAGGAGGCCAUAUAUAUAUGUACGUUUUAAAAAGUUGAGUAUGAAUGUAUAUUUUAUUUGCUGUUGUAUACAUUGUUUGCUCUAAUUAUGUAUUGUUAUUUGUAAUGCACAAUUGUAAAACUCACGGAUAAUAAAGAUAAUUAUUAUUGUUAUGAUAUUUCAAACGAACUAAUAUUCAUUCUCUGGCACUGCAAGGGUCGAGCUUCCUUAGAGAGAAACACAAUUUAGUGUAGUCCCUUUAACAGGGAUCACUGAGAAAUUUCCUGGUACCAUGGAAGUUCUGCUGUAGUACCGCCAUCUGACAGGCAACGAGAAUAUCCUUUGGGAUGUUAAUGGCCUUGAAGUUAUCUGUGAGGUCAGUUGUCACUUUCCACUCAGUUAAUAUAGCAACAGGGUGUAUUGUUUUUUUUAGACAACUUCCAUAUAAACGCUUAAUCUCCAAGCGUAAGUUUCCAUUUUUUUUUGUUCCAUUUCAGUUUUUUUCAUUUUAUGUUAUAUAUAGUACGCGAAGACAAUGAUAGUAGCGUUUUUUUCUUUCCUUUUUGUUAAUAAAUAGUACAUCAGGUCAAAAUAGGCCUAUCCCAGUUUAAUAACCUCUUCUGGCGAGUAUUUGUAAUAAGUGUGUGUAUCUUUCUUGCUCAAGUCAUAUAUGGAAGCCCCUUGGCAAGUAUUCAGGAUCGUCUUAGAAAUGUGUACAGUUUAAUAUUAUUUUCACUAUUAUUUCAUAGUGCAUUGAGAAUUUUGUCAAAUAUUAUAUUCAAACUGUUUAAAGUUUUACUUAAUUUAUUAUUAAACGGCACAAUAUUUUUUUUCAUUUUAA